AUGCAUAAAACAUAUCAAUUUGACUCAAAUUAAAAACCAAAAAUUAAAGACUUAUGUUAGGAAGAUAAAAAGAAAAUAGGAAAAUUAAUAAAAAAAUUAGCACAAGAGAGAGAAGAAAAAGAAAUGCUGUUAAAAAAAUUAGCAGAAAUGCAAUAAUCAGAAUAAAAAUAAUAAAGAUUAUAAACUGAAAUUGAAAAAAUAGAUGAAGAAAUUUCUCAAUUAUAAGAUUAAGAAAAAAAAUCAAACUAUUAACCUCCUUAAUUAUAAACUCUAAGCAAAUAAAAGUUUUUAUAAAAAUUUGAAAAUGAAGAUGAAAACUUAUAAAAUUUACAUUAAAGUCCAAAUUUUAAGGUGCUAAACCAAAUAAAUGAAGAUUAAAGUUCCUCCUUUAUUAUACCUAUUACUUAAAGAGACUCUCCUAUCAAAGUUGAUCAACAAAUUCAAACUUCUAUUAUGCAAUAACAAAUUUAACAAUAAACAUAAGUAUAAUAAAAAAAGUCAUCAAAAAAGAAGAAGGAGAUAUUGAUGAAAAAGAUUUAAGAAUUUGAAAAAAUAGUGAAUAGAUUGAAUUUUUCAAAUGAAUAGGUAUUUAAUGUCACUUAUUUAGAGUAUUGAAUUAACUACUAAUAGAAAAUCUGAAGAUCAAAAUUCUCAAUUAAAUAAUACUAGUUAUCUUCAAAAUGUUUUUUAGAAACUUUUAAAUAUUGAAUAAUAAUCACUCUAAACUUAAUAGACUGUAAGAUCAGAAUAAUAGAGUGAAAUAUAAUAGACAUAAUUUUAAUAAUAGUAUAAUGAAGAUGAUCUUAUUAUUUAGUUAUUAAAUUCAGAUGCUUCAUCUUAUAAACCUUAAAAUUAAAAUACUUAAACCAAUGUUUCAAAUAUAUCUAGAUAAUAAACAAAACAAAGACAAAGUAAAAAUAAUUCUACGAUAAUACAUAAUGAAAACAAACAGAAUAAGUAAAAAAUAACAUUCGAUUAAAUUCCAUCACCCAUUGUAUAAGAUGCAUAUUGCAAGAAUGUGAUAUAAAAAUAUAACUCAUUAUUGUAAGAAUUAAAUAGAUAAUAAUGA